ACAUUUAAUCAAGAAAAGAUGGCAAGCAUAUGCGAAGAUCCAGGAAAAAGCUCGUGGCCAGAACUAAUGGGAACAAAAGGAGAAUAUGCGAAGGAAGUGAUCGAAAGAGAGAACCCCAAAAUGAAAGCUGAUAUCAUUUUGGAUGGAACUGCCAUUCCUGAGAUCUUUAUUUGCUCUCGUGUUAUUGUUUGGGUGAAUGAUUGUGGAAUCGUUGUUCAAAUUCCCAACAUUGGUUAAUUUUAAACAGUUUCAAGAAAAAUGUUAUAUGUAACUUAAGCGUUUAUUAUUAUUAUAUAAAAGUAAUAAAUUAAUAAGGAUCAGAGUGUUAUGAGCUCAGUUGUGUCAUGCUAUGCUAUCUCAUAAUUCAUUAAUAAAAUUGAA